GAUACAUAUCGGUUAAUCUUCCCAUCCCUAGUUUGCACAGGUGUAAAAUUCAGAUCAUCAUCUUGUUGUCACGUGCUGCUUCUUUCGCUUUCGCUCUUGAGUGUUAAACCAGUUGAUCAGGCGGAUUCCUGCAGUCCAGAGGUUGACAGAUCCUUACACAGCACACAGAUUUCGUUUUUGCCAGGAUGUCAGGAAAAGACCCAGACGAUCAUGCUCAGGGUCCAUCUUCACAUGCUGCACGCGAUACAUGGCUAAAACAUCUGACACCUGAUGAUCCGAUUUAUCAAAAUGUGAUCCAAACACAACCGACCAGCAUUAAAAAUUCUCCUAUUCAGGCCUCAUCUCCAGCCAGCAGUGAUGGGCAAAAGAUUAAUCUGGUUUUGAAAUGUCGAACCUCAUUGUCAUCAAGCAGAGAUGAUGAUGAUGAUAAAGAUAAUGUUUCAAAUGGUCAGGACUCGCAUACAGCAGGCACUGAAACUCGAGACUCCAGAUCACUUCCUGAUAAAGUAAACGCACUUAAACUAGCGGACAAUCCAGACUCAACAGGGCCAGCGAAGGACACGUCUUCAUCAUCCAGUGACGAUCAGCAAAAUAAUCACACUUCCAGAGAUCAAGACUCAGGAGAUCCAUCAGAUGCUGAAAGCAAAGACUCUAGACCAGAUCUGAAUCCCAAAUCAGACUCACAGUUAAAGAAGGACUCAGGAGAUCCAAAAGGCGCUAGAGAUAAAGACUCUGGACCACCUAGGAAUGAAUUGGGUCAAAGACGCGCUUCAGACUCAGAGGACUCAGGGCAUCCCUCAGACUCUAAGGAUAAAUACUCUGGACCCCAGGAUAACACUUCAAAAUCACAGUCCACGCAGGACUCGGGAGAUCCAAAAGGCGCUAGAGGUCAAGAUUCCGGACCUCCUACUAAUGAAAUGGGUAAAAGACGCGAUAGAGCAGACUCACAGGACUCUGACCCAUCUCUGAAUAACAAGAAGCAGCAAGGGUUUCAAAGACAGCGUUCAGACUCACAGGAUGCGGCUUCAUCAAGCAGUGAUGGUCAGCAAGCGAAUCAUGUUUCUGAUGAUCACGAUGCUGAUGAACCUCCAGAAACACAGGAUAUUGGUGAAUUUCAAAUCAAAGUGGACUGGACAGAACCAUUUCCAGAGAGAUGGAGAGCAAAAUUACAGAAAGCCAUUCAGACAUGGUUGGGUAGCCUGGAUGGUACAUUCACUGCCCAUAGUGUUGAACUCAAGAAAGAUCAAAGCUGUGCAGAGGUGCAGAUAACUCCAUCAUCAGCUCUAGGAGUUUUAAAAAACCACCCAAAAGCAUCUUUAAAGAUUAAAGAUAUUAAGGAUGGUAAAGAUAAAAAAGACAAGGAAGUGACGGCAACGAUUUGUCUGGAUUGCCCAAAAUCUAAGCCUGUUCCACAAAAGUCCACAAUGAAGGAGAGCAGAGCUUCAUCACCACAGGUGAACAACCCUAUGUCCGUAACUUCUGCAGACACAGACACAACAAACAAUGUUGAGAAUGUUGCUCCAUCUGAUAAAUCUCCAUUGAUUCUUCCACUCCAUCUGUCCUGGUACAUCUAUAAUGCUUACAAAAAAGAGUUGGAAACAAUUGGGAAACGCCAUGGAGUUAUUUUUUCUGCACAAGUGUUAAUCUCAGUUAAUGCUACAGAGAACCCAAGACCUGAUUCAGUGUCUAAAGCCACUGAUGAAUUUGAGGAACUUGUUCAGGGAUGUAUGAGUAGUUUUAGUGAUGCUACAGUUCAUCAUAAUGACAUGGAUGCAGAUAUAGUGAAAAAUGCCAUUGAUUCCAUCAAGUCACAGAAGACAAAGCUGAUGUUCACUCUGACUGACAGUGAUGGCCUGUUUUUAGGACCAAAGAAAUUUACAGACAUGAUUAAAGAAGAAACAAGAAGAGGAGAAGGUCAGUCCAAUAGUAGAUCAAUCCCAAUGAAUAUAGACAGCAACGCUUAUCUAAUGGGAGUAGACAGCAGUUUUCCACCUCAAAGCAGACCUACACUGGACAUGAACACACGAGAUCUUCCAACUCAACUUGAGAUGGACGAGGUUCACUGGGAUCUGAUGAAGCUUUCCUAUGAGGAACAACUAUCAGAACUUGAAGCCAAAUAUGGAGUGUCAUUUACUGCAGAUCUUCAGAAGAAUGUAGUUAAGGUUCAGGCUCGAUCUAAAGGUGAUCAGCAUGUGAAUCUCGAAGGUCACGCGGUCAGAGCUUUAACACACCUCUACCAGAAACUGGCAUCAGCAGCAGUGAGCUGUGAACUCAGAAAGCCUGCAGAUCAAACUGACGUGAGAUCAGCGAUGGAGAAGCUUCAGCAGCGUUAUUGUGUUGUAGCAGCAGAGAGAUUGAGCCGCUGGACACUCACUGGACUGCCAGAACACCUCGGUCCUGCUAUUGCUGAAACUGAGAAGAUCCUUCAGAGGAAAGUGUUUGAUGACAAGAUGAAGAAACUGAUUGGUUACUCAGAGGACAUUCCUUAUGCUAGAAGAAUCAAACUCAAUCAGAUCCCUGAUUAUGGAGCAGGAGCGGCAGGAGGAGCAGAUCUGGAUGAGCGAGUGAACUUUAGAGAGCAAAUUAAAAGAGAAAGCAGUUUCAGUGAAGAUUCAAAAGGAAAUUCUGGACAUGACAGUAAAGAUGCUGCUGCUGAAGAGGACAAGUGUGUUAUCUGCAUGGACAGCUUCACUGAUAAGGAAAAACUGAAGUGUGGUCAUGAGUUCUGUCGGGACUGUUUAAAGCAGUCAGUGGAGAGUAUGGGAUCCAUCUGUCCUGUGUGUAAAGAAGUGUUUGGGAAACUGGAGGGAAACCAACCAAAAGGAACAAUGCAGGUCAACAAAAGCAGUUUGAGUCUCCCCGGAUAUCCACACUGCGGCUCUAUUGAAAUCCUCUACAACAUACCCAGCGGUACUCAAACGAAUAAGCAUCCAAACCCAGGGAAGCCUUAUUAUGGGACAACUCGUCGUGCUUACUUACCAGACAACCAUGAAGGAAAAGAAGUGCUUGCACUGCUGCAGAGAGCUUUUGACCAGAAGCUGAUCUUUACAGUCGGGACCUCAACAACCUCCGGUUUGGAAAAUACAGUUACCUGGAAUGAUAUCCAUCAUAAGACCAGUCAAUUUGGUGGAGCUCAAAGUUAUGGUUAUCCAGACCCAGACUAUCUGAAGAGAGUGAAAGAUGAGUUAAAGGCCAAAGGCAUUGAAUAAACAAUGUGGUAAAAAUGCAACACCCCUGCACUGGAGCUCCAUGUUUACACCAUUGAUAUAUAGCAUCAAAUCACAAGUAGUUUCUUUCCUGGCAAUGUAACUGUGUUCAUUAUACAUGUAAGGUGUUUGGUAUUGUAUUAAUACAACUACAUCUAAAGAGCACACUACAUUCAUUGGAAAAAAAAGGCCUGAUUUGAGACACCACAAACUUUGGAAAACGUCAAUCUAAAGCUUCAAGAGACAACAGAGAAGUAUUAAACCGUUUGCAUCUGUUGAUUGUAAAAUUGUGACUUCAUUGUGAAUUACAUUACCUAGGUCAGGGGUGGCCAACCCUGUUCCUGGAGAGCCCCCUUCCUGCAGAUUUCAGUUGCCACCCAUAUCAAACACAUGAUUUGGGUAGCAACUGAAAUCUGCAGGAAGGUGGCUCUCCAGGAACAGGGUUGGCCACCCCUGACCUAGACACUGGAGAAAUGGUUAAUAGUCAACAUUCGUAAAGGAAGGCUCCACAGUUUUUAGAGAAUUACAAAAAUCACAGCUCCCCUAGAGUUAAAUAGUUGAGUUUUACCACUUUUAGCUUAGCUUAGCAUAAAUCAUUUAAUCGGAUUAGACCAUUAGCAUCUUGGUCAAGAAUGACCAAAGAGUCUUUAUAAGUUUUGAUUCUUCAGUAGUUGUAUUCCUUUACUUAGACAGUAAAGGAAAAGUUGUUAUUUUUUAGGCCUAUGUGAUUAGGACUGUGGUUCUCAACCACAUUCAUAGAAGACCACCAGCUCUGCAGAUUUACGGUAUCUCUUUAACCAAACACACCUGAUUCAGAUAAUCAGCUCAUUAGCAGAGACUGAAAGACCUGUAAUAGGUGUGACAGACAAAGGAGACAUCCAAAACAUGCAGCGCUGGCAGCAAUGCAAGAAGGUGGUUGAGAAUCACUACCCUAAUCACAUAGACCUACAAAUAACAACUUUACCUUGCAUGUUGAAAUGUGAUGCGAAAGUGACCAAGUGUAAAUGUGUGAUGAUUUGAGAGUGAGAAUGUGCAAUGCAAAAACAGCAGUGAAUGGAUAAACCAAAAGCAAAUAUCUUAAACCCGUUAUACAUUACCCAGACAUUUUAUAAGGAUGCCUGCUGAGGAUAUGUGGUGCUGUUAUGAAAGUUUAGUUUACAAGUGUGUCUCACAAGUGCCUCUAAACUAGAAGAAUGGAAAACAUAUUAUUUAUAUUCACAGUGCAAAGCUGAUGAAUGCUUACCAAACAACUGAGGCUAAAUAUUACAAAUAUUAUGCCUUUUAAAAAAAAAUAUGUUCUCUCAUUCACUUACUUUAGAUACAUAUGCAAUAAAAAAAAAUGGUAUAAUGUGUGCAAUCUGCAAUUAAAAGUGCAAGGAAUAGUUUUCCAUGGGGCUAAAUACUUUUGCCAGGCACUUACAGCAUAUGUAUGCUUUUAAAUACGGUGAUGGGCUUAAAUGAUGGUAAUAAUAAUUGUGUCGAAAUGUUUAAGCGUACAGUGAUUAUAUAUUGCAAAUGUGAGCAAAUAUAGUACAUGUAUGUACAAAUAAGCAACUGUGGAACUAUAAAAAGCACAUAUUAGAGCUUGAAGAUAAAGUUAAGGGUAUUUCUGAUGUUUAUUAUUUUCAAUCUGCCAUUUUUGUCUUUUUUUUGUUAUUUUCUGCAGUAAAUCUCUUCAUGCCUCUCCUUCUUCUUUUAUUGCACUAAUGAUCAAUGAUUUCAAUUUAUAACUGUUGGAGAGGGUUUUUGUUGGAAAUUGUAAACAAAUUGCCACAAAUAAAUCAAUAUUUUAAGCA